AUGCCUUCGCUGCAAUACCAUGUAGUAGUGAUCGCGAUCUUCACGUUGCUUGCGGUGGAAGUGUUGUGUGAAGAAGCCAAAUUCCCUGGAAACCAUCCGUACGACAAAAUGUGCGGUUACAAUACAGAAAUGAAUGAUGAGUUGAGAAGCCAGCUCGCAUUGGGAAAAGUGAGAAAUGUCAAUGGUCCCCUUUCUGCGGCUUCAAACAUGAUAAAAUUGGAAUGGGACUGCUGCUUGGAAAGAAAUGCGACAGAAUAUGUUCGUACAUGCCCACGUGAGGGGUCGAAAGAAAAUCAGAGGGAUCCGAGAGUAGGGGAGCUCUAUGCGCGGGUGUCUGUUUCAGCAGUUUUAGCAGGCGACUUCAAAGCUGCAGCUCUAAUAGCUGUUAAAAGUUGGUGGAAGGUCGCACGUGAUGUGCCUGAAAAAGAGUGCAUUGAAAAAGAUGCGAAGUUCCAAAAAAAUUUCGUUGGCAAAAAAAUCGAGAGUUUUACGCAGAUGGCAUGGGCGAAGACAACCAAACUAGGAUGUGCCGUAGGCAGAUGCAAGUUCGGGAAGAAUGAGGACUAUGUGGUUGUCUGUCGCUACUUUCCAAAGGGUAACAAGGAAAAUGAAUAUGUGUACCGUGUCGGACGCGCUUGCAGUCCAUGUCCAAAUGGCUACGCCUGUACUACUUCUUUCGAUUGUGACCAGCAGAAUUGCCAAGGAUUAUGCAUUUGA